CACCACAGUACAACAGCACCCAGACUCUACCGGUGUCCGGUGACUACACCCCUUGUCACGGUGUCGCCCUACUCUGCUCAACCAGUCUCACCCCUCACCUUUCCCAUGGCAGCCGCCGCCGCCGUUCGCCGCCUCCUGCGUGGGGUUUCCUCCACCUCCGUAUCCAACACCAGCCGUCUCCUCUCUUCCAUCACUUCCGCACCUCCCCACCGGAGUCCCAACACCAACUCACCAGUUUCCUUCGACUGGUCCGACGACGACGCUGACACCUCCUCACAUCCACCCCCGUCCACGGCAAAGAAGGAUGAACUGCCUCCCCCCUACUACGACCCCUUCAGCAAGAAGCCCGCCGUUGCCGAGCCGUCCGACCCCACCAACCUUCAGGAGAUCUUCCACAGGAUGCGGAAAGAGGGCCUCACCGACUACGCCAUCAAGAUGUUCGACGGAUUGUCCAAGGACGGGCUCACCCACGAAGCUCUCGCGCUCUUCGCAGUCAUUAAGGAUAAGGGCUCCAUGCCCGACGUCGUCGCCCACACCGCCGUCCUCGAGGCCUAUGCCAACGCCGGCCCCGCGCACUGGCGCGACACCGUGCGCACCUACGACCGCAUGCUCGCGUCCGGCGUCGUGCCCAACGCGUACACGCUGGCCGUGCUUGUCAGGGGGCUCGCGGCCAGCAACCGGUGUGCGGAAGCCGGCAAGUACCUAGUGGAGAUGCUCGACCGUGGGAUGCGGCCGAAUGUGGCGACGUAUUUGGCCGCCUUCGAGGCGUAUCUGAGGAUGGAGAAAGUGGAAGAGGGGAAAGCUCUGCUAGAGACGAUGAAGGGGAAGGGGUUCGUGCCAGACGAGGAGGCUGUGCGUGGCGGCACUGUGAAGCGGGGGCAGGUGUUCGACGGCAUAAUGAACUUGCUCUUUGGCAAGUAAUAGUGGCCUAAGCACGGCAUGGAACUUCAGUGCACAGAAAUGGACGGAAUCAGCGGCAACAGAGAAGCAAGAGGUAGUACAUAAUCUACAUCUAUCAGGUUAGGAUGGUGUCAUUAGUUCUGCAAUUUUUUCAUAUAUGAAUUUCUAUAGGAUUACGUUGAAUAGUGAUUACCUGAUAGUCUAUUCCAUGAUGUUAGCUGGAUCUUUUUUUUCCCCUUCAGAGAGUGUGCGUCAGAAUUCAGAAAGAUAAUACAUCACGUGGAUUAUCAUCUGACCUACGCAAGUACAAUAUGCUCUCCUGUAGGCAUAAGAGAUUCAGUAAGCAAUAAUUCAAUAACCACACCAAUGAUUAACACUCCAAUCAAAUAUAUUGAUAACAGGAGGAAAGGACAAUGAUAAUGAAAAAUACAGUACAGUAGAGUACAGAUGUAGACAUUAUUAUUAUUAUUAUACAUCUCCUGCUGGUUUGGUGGUAUAUAUAAAAAAGCGAAAAGUGUCACUCAAGUGAUAUGAAUGACGAAAAAGAAAAAGAAAAUUCCCAUUAUU